GAGCCAGGGCCAGCGCGGCGCUGGGGCUCGGGCGCUUGGCCUCAGUCGGUGCGCUGGGCAGGCGGUGGCCUGCGGAUGAGGGAGAGAAAUAAAUGAGGAGUCAGAGCAAAGACGCAUUUCCAGCCAAGGGGAAGGAGCAGGCCUCUCCGAAGGGAGCUGACGUUGGGGAUUACUGGAGCAGAGAGCAGGGGGGAGCCUCGCGGGUCUGGCUUCCACCCCGCGCCAGCGCUAACAUCUGGGCACAGCUGGUUCCCGGAGCCCUUUCUGCUGCUGCGCAUCGGCUUGUUUUGCAGCAAUGGAACUGAAUGGCACUUUCCUCGCUUGCAACAGCCUGAAAGAUGACAAGGAUCUGAAGUUCCUCCUGAAAGGCAGCCAGCUGCUAAAAGUGAAGUCAGGCUCUUGGAGAAAGGAGCGGUUUUAUAAGCUCCAGGAGGACUGCAAAACCAUAUGGCAGGAAUCGAAGAAGAUGCUGAGGUCUCCGGAGUCACAGAUCUUUUCCAUUGAAGAUAUUCGGGAUGUGAGGUCAGGCCAUAAAACAGAAGGUAUGGAAAAAUAUGCCAAGGAUGUCCCAGAGUAUCGCUGCUUUUCCAUCAUUUUCAAAGACCAGCGGAAAAACCUGGACCUCAUUGCCAGUUCAGAGGAUGAUGCCAACCACUGGAUCUCCGGCCUUGGGAAAAUCAUAGCCCACAGCAACUCCAUGAACCAGAAACAGAAACUCCAACACUGGAUUCAUACUUGCUUGAGGAAAGCUGAUAAAAACAAAGACAACAAGAUGAGCUUGAAAGAGCUCAAGAACUUCCUGAAAGAAGUGAACAUUGAAGUUGAUGAUUAUCAUGCCAAGAAGAUUUUCCAGCCCUGGUGCAGAUUACGGCUGGCAUAUGCCAGAAGGAAAGAAGGUUUUCACUCCUUCUCCCCUCUACGUUUACAGCACUGUGACAAGUCCAAAACAGAGGCUCUGGAGGAUGAUGAGAUAGAGGAAUUUUACAAGAUAUUGACAGAAAGGAAGGAGAUAGACAAGAUCUUCCAAAAGUACUCAGAUGCAGAAGGGUUCAUGUCCUGCCAGAACCUGGUGAGGUUCCUCUAUGAGACACAGCAAGAAGAAGAUGCUGUUGUUGCUGCCCCUGCCUUAAUUCAGAGAUAUGAGCCCAAUGAAAGAGCCAAGAGGGGUAAUGCCAUGACCAAAGAUGGUUUCCUGAUGUACCUGCUGUCUGAUGAUGGGAAUAUAUUCAACUCCUCCCACCGUAAAGUUUACCAGGACAUGACUCAACCUCUCAGUCACUACUUGGUGUCAUCCUCACACAAUACCUAUCUUAUGGAAGACCAGCUUACAGGUCCAAGCAGCACAGAAGCCUAUAUCAGAGCCCUCACCAAAGGCUGCCGCUGUGUGGAACUGGAUUGCUGGGAUGGCCCUAACUCGGAGCCCAUCAUUUAUCAUGGCUACACUCUCACCUCCAAGAUCCUCUUCAGUGAUGUCAUUAAGGCCAUCAAGAACUAUGCUUUCAAAACCUCACCAUACCCUGUCAUCAUCUCCCUGGAGAACCACUGCAGCGUUGACCAGCAGAAGAUCAUGGCUCAGCACAUGACAACGAUCCUGCAGGACAUGCUCUUGGUUGCCCCAGUCGAUGGAAACAAAUCCCAGUUCCCAUCCCCAGAGCAAUUGAAAGGGAAGAUCCUUGUGAAAGGCAAGAAGCUCAGCAGGCAGGAGGACCCCACUGGAACAAAUGGGAACAACAACCUGGAGGCUGAGGAUGUCUCUGAUGAAGAUGAAGCAGCUGAAAUUGAAGAUGAAUCUGUAAAGACCGAGAUACAGCAGAAGGGGAAGAGUGACACCUUGAAGCUGGCCAAGGAGCUGUCAGACACCGUUGUCUACUGCAAGAGUGUCCAUUUCAAUGGCUUUGAGGACCCCAGCCACCCUCGGGCUUUCUAUGAAAUGUCAUCGUUCACAGAGAGCAAAGCUUUGAAACUAGCCCAGGAAUCUGGAACCAGUUUUAUUCGCCACAACGUCAGGCACCUGAGCCGGAUCUACCCUGCAGGCUGGAGGACAGAUUCUUCCAACUACAACCCCAUCGACUUGUGGAACGUCGGCUGCCAGAUCGUUGCCCUAAAUUUCCAGACAGCAGGCACAGAAAUGGAUGUCUACCAGGGUCGGUUCCAGGACAAUGGGUUUUCUGGGUAUGUCUUAAAGCCGGAAUUCCUCCGGGAUGAGCAAACCAAAUUCAAUCCAAAAUCCGUCACAGAAGGAACAUGGGGGACAAAGAAGAAACUUCUGCUUAAAAUCAUCUCUGGUCAGCAGCUGCCCAAGGUGAACAAAAGCAAAAACUCCAUUGUUGAUCCUAAGGUAACAGUAGAGAUCCAUGGCGUCCAACAGGAUAACAAUAAGAAGCAGACCAAAGUCAUUGAAAACAAUGGCUUUAACCCGAAAUGGGAUGAAGAGUUUACAUUCGACAUAGAGAUCCCUGCACUUGCCCUGGUCCGGUUCGUGGUGGAGGACUUUGACAUGUCAACCAAGAAUGACUUCAUCGGGCAGUACACCCUUCCCUUCACUAGUCUGAAGCAAGGUUACCGCCACAUCCAUCUUCUAACCAAGAAUGGAGACCCGUACUCUUCCUCCACCCUCUUUGUGUACAUCAAUAUCCAGGACUGUGAUGAGUAGCCCAGCUCUUUCAGGGCACAGCGAACCUCGUUACAGACCUAGAAGGAAUUCAGCAUGCAAAGUCUGCCAAUGUCAGGGUCCUGUCAAAUCCCCAGUGCCUUCUCUAGAGCAGCACAUGGUGCUCCACAGGACUCCUGGUGUGAAAUAGCCAUCAACCUUCUCCAUUCUGCAUGCUGGAAACAUCCUAAUGCUGCUGCUGAGAUUAAUCAUUUUGUACCUGUUCGACCAAUCCAGCUGUGUUUUUAGUUCACUUUGUUUUUUGAUUUUGCUUUUAGCAAGAGGAUAGAGACUCCUUUUUAGCAAAGUACAGCUCUCGGGUUGAGUUCAGACAGACAUGUGGACAAAACACCCAUCAUCUGUGCAAGAAAAAAUCCACCUCACCACUGAAAUCAGUGGCCAGAUACCAGGUGACUUCUUGCAACUUCAGAUGCUAGCCAUCUUUCACCAUACGAAGUCUUAAAUGGGGACACAGUUCUCUUUCUGUUACCGAUUAAAAAAGAAAGCUGCACUACAAAGGCCCCUGUUAUAUAACUCAGCUUUCCUUUUGUAUUAUAAUAAAAAAUACAUGAACACUA